AUGGAGCGCCACAAGCAGGCCGUGACCAGGAUAGCCUCCUCGGUUCGGGCCUUCUUUGACCGCAAGGAGCCCUACCGCAUCUUCCACGGCUCGACGAACAGCACCCGUCCCUUCCGUCGCGAUCGCUUCGUGGACAUUAGUGCCCUAAACAAUGUCCUCGAAGUCAACGAGGCUCGACGCAUCGCUCUCGUCGAGCCCAAUGUUCCCAUGGACCGUCUCGUCGAGAAAACCCUCCGACAUGGCCUGAUCCCUCCCGUCGUCAUGGAGUUCCCCGGCAUCACUGCGGGCGGUGGGUACGCAGGCACGGCGGGUGAGAGCUCCAGCUUCAAGCACGGUUUCUUUGACGACACGAUCAACCAGGUCGAGAUGGUCCUGGCCAACGGUGAUGUCGUCAAUGCGAGCCCCACCGAACGUGCAGAUCUCUUCCGAGGCGCCGCCGGUGCUGUCGGCACCCUUGGCAUCACGACUCUUAUCGAGCUGCAGCUCAUCGAAGCGAAAAAGUAUGUCAAGACGACCUACCACCGCACGCGCACCGUGGCCGAGGCUGUCGAGCUCGUCAAAGCCGAGACUCUGAACCCGGAGAACGACUACGUCGACGGCAUCGUCUUCUCCAAGAGCCACGGCGUCGUCGUCACAGGCACCCUGACCGACGACAAGCCGGCCGAGACCAGGCCCCAGACCUUCAGCGGCGCCUGGGACCCCUGGUACUACCUGCACGUCGAGGAGCGCACCAAGGCCGCCGGCACGACCGACGUCUCGGUGCCCGCCGUCGACUUUAUCCCUCUGGCCGAGUACCUCUUCCGCUACGACCGCGGCGGCUUCUGGGUCGGCGCCGCCGCCUUUGACUACUUCCGCCCCGUGCCCUUCAACCGCUUCUUCCGCUGGUUCCUCGACGACUUUCUCCACACGCGCAUGCUCUACCGCGCCCCGCACGGGCAGCGACGAGUCGGCCGCUUCAUGGUUCAGGACCUCGCGCUACCGUACGAGAACGCCGAAAAAAUCAUCGACUACACGACCGAACACACGGGCAUCUGGGCCCUCUGGCUGUGCCCCCUUCAGCAGAACCCGGCGCCCACCUUCCACCCGCAUACGGACAGGCCCGCGCCCGCGGCGGCGCCCGCCGCCGUGGCCGCCCCGGGGGCAGCGUCGCCCCAGCCCAAGGGCAGGCCGAUGCUCAACAUUGGUCUCUGGGGCUUCGGCGCCAAGGAGCCGGCGGCCUUUGUGGCGCAGAACCGCGCCCUCGAGGACAAGCUGCACGCGCUCGGCGGCAUGAAGUGGCUCUACGCGCACCUCUACCAGUCGCGGGACGACUUUUGGCGCACGUACGACGCCGCCUGGUACGACGCCCUGCGCGCCAAGUACGGCGCCGACACGCUGCCGACCGUGUACGACAAGGUCAAGGUCGACGUCAACGCCCGCGCUGAGGAGCUCAAGCAGUGGCGCCAGCGGCUCAAGGCGACGUGGCCGCUUGCCGGCCUCUGGGGCAUCUGGAAGUCGAUCCAGAGCAAGGACUACAAGCUGCAUCGCAAUGCCGAGUGGAAGUUCAACAAGGAGAGAGACGCAUAA